CCGUAGAACCAGCAAAGGGUUUUCAUCUCCAUCUAUCCGUCCGUUCCCCCGAAAAACCCUAAACAAUGGCGGCCGUAGCAGCAACGACAUCGCCCGUCGAGUCCGUCCAGUGCUUCGGCCGGAAGAAGACCGCCGUCGCCGUCACCCACUGCAAGCGAGGGAGGGGACUCAUCAAGCUCAACGGGACUCCGAUCGAGCUCGUGGAGCCGGAGAUCCUCCGUUUCAAGGCCGUCGAGCCGAUCCUCCUCCUCGGCCGACACCGCUUCAGCGGCGUCGACAUGCGGAUUCGGGUCAAGGGAGGCGGCCACACCUCCCAGAUCUACGCCAUUCGUCAGAGCAUCGCCAAGGCGCUGGUUGCUUUCUACCAGAAGUUUGUGGACGAGCAGAGCAAGAAGGAGAUCAAGGACCUCCUCGUCGGUUACGACAGGACUCUGCUGGUGGCCGAUCCCAGGCGCUGCGAGCCCAAGAAGUUUGGUGGUCGUGGUGCCCGUUCUAGGUUCCAGAAGAGUUAUCGCUGAGCUGCGGGUGAUUUCGUUCUGUGUCAAUUUCAGUUAUGCUGGGUUAUUAUUAUAUUUUGAUUCCUCAACUUUUGUUGCUUGGAGAACUGGAACUUGUUUAGUUUUUCACUCUUUCUCAAACAGGGUUUUUGGAUUGUGAAGAGCGUCCUUCGUGGCCCUCCUAUGAAUGUUAAGGUCUAAUUUGCAGCCUGGAAUCCAUUUAGUUUCACAUAUACCGUUUCGUUGGUUUCGAUGAGCUCUAUUGCUUGCUUGUUGAAUGUGAUAUUCCUUUCAUUGCUGCCUUUGUUAGGACUAGCCGAGUAAGCCAUAGGUUAGUGUUCUGCAUUGUUUUUUUGGCUGGCUGAGCUACUGUCCGCGGGUGUGGUUACGACGAGAACUUAGAUCAGGACGAGCUUAUUAGAAAUGAGAUCGUGCCCAUUAGGGAUGUGGUUCAUUGUCUGCUUUAGCUUAGUUGCUACUUGAACAAGGGGUUUGGGGGCUUAGGGCUACAACAAACUCUAGGCAUACCA